AUGAUGAGUAAGUCCGUGGUUCCAGUUGAGAACGAAGUCGUGAUGACAAAAUUUCUCACAGAAAAGGAGAAAGCAUUGGAAACACCCAUCAACUCCUCUGUGGUUAGUAGCAGUUCUUCUGUAUAUAGUGGAGAUGAGACAUCUCGUGGUAACUGGUCCGGACGGAUGGAUUUCUUGCUGUCCUGUAUUGGCUAUGCUGUGGGACUGGGCAAUAUUUGGAGAUUUCCUUAUCUGUGCUACAAAAGUGGAGGAGGUGCUUUCCUGAUACCAUAUGUGAUAUUUUUGGCACUGUGUGGGAUUCCUCUGUUCUUCCUCGAGGUGUCUUAUGGACAAUUUGCCAGUCUCAGCCCCAUCACAAUAUGGAGAAUGUGUCCUUUGUUUAAAGGUGUGGGUUACGGGAUGGUGAUUAUCUCUGGUAUUGUAUGUAUAUACUACAAUAUCAUCAUCACCUGGACAAUUUACUACCUGUACUACUCGUUCCGUGCCGUCCUACCUUGGAGUACAUGUAAUAAUUGGUGGAACACUGAGAAAUGUUUUUUGAGAACGAAAGAUUCCCUUAACAGCACUUUCACGGUGACACCGAACCAAACCAUCAAUUCCAGUGUUUUCUACAAUGUUUCCAUGACAACAGUAUCACCUGCAGGCAAUGAUUCAGACCUGAAAACAGCUAGUGAGGAAUUCUGGCAACGUGGAGUUUUACAGCUGUCUGACGGUAUAGAGGAUAUGGGGGCUCUCCGCUGGGAGCUCCUCAUCUGUCUCUUUGUUGCCUGGGUUGUGGUGUUCUUGUGUCUGUUUAAAGGUGUCAAGUCAUCUGGAAAGGUUGUGUAUGUGACUGCAACGUUUCCAUAUCUCGUGCUGCUGAUUUUAUUUAUUCGUGGAGUUACCUUACCAGGAGCAGGAGCUGGUAUUGCUUUCUAUCUGGUACCAGACUGGAACAAACUGGCUACAUUUGAGGUUUGGGGAGACGCGGCUGUACAGAUAUUUUAUUCAGUAGGUAUGGCGUGGGGAGGUCUCAUCACCAUGGCGAGUUACAACAAGUUCCAUAACAACGUGUACAGAGACGCCAUGGUUGUGCCCCUUAUAAACUGUGGUACAAGUGUGUUUGCUGGUCUGGUCAUUUUCUCAGUGUUGGGAUUUAUGGCUCAUGAAACUGGAGUUGACAUCGAAAAAGUUGUAACACAAGGACCAGGACUAACAUUUGUGGCUUACCCAGAGGCCGUGGCUAAGUUACCAAUCUCUCCACUGUGGGCGGUGCUGUUUUUCCUGAUGCUGUUUACAAUUGGUUUGGAUAGUCAGUUUGGAAUGUUUGAAACAAUGACAAGUGCUUUCGUAGAUGAGUUUCCCGAUCUACUGAAAAACAGGAAGGAAAUGUUCACUGCAUUCAUGUGUUUCCUGGAGUUCUUAUUAGGGAUCCCCUGUGUCAUGCAGGGAGGUGUGUACGUGCUACAGAUCAUGGAUUGGUAUUGCUCCACCUUUUCAUUGAUGAUCCUCUCUCUCACCGAGUGUAUUGUCAUCGGCUGGAUCUAUGGUGCUGACCGUUUCUACCGAGACAUAGAGCUGAUGAUUGGCUACCAGCCUUGUGCCUGGUGGAAGAUCUGCUGGUGUUUUAUCACUCCAGUCCUCAUACUGUUCAUAUGGCUGUUCAGUGUGACCCAGCUGAGUCCUGUGACCUAUGGAGACUAUCACUACCCACAGUGGGCCAUUAACCUAGGCUGGUUCCUCGGACUUAUCUCCCUUGUACCAGUUCCUGUCUGUGCUGGUAUAGCUAUAUUUAAGGAGACUGGACCUGUUGUGUCGAGAGUGAAGAAACUAUUAAAGCCAGCAGAGGAUUUUGGACCUGCAGCUCCAAAAUAUAGACAAGAAUAUAUAGAGACCAUGCAAGAAAGAAAGUCAUACUUUCCAACCAUUGACCUUAGAUGGCGACACACUGGUACAGCAGGAAUCAAUCAGACACGAGAGGCACAAAGUUUUUUAAGUUGAUGACGGAUAACACUUACUAUACCAACAAGUCAACAGCCUUAUAUUACUUAAUAUGCCAGUAGAAAUCUGCACUUUAAUAGUUAAUUUCAUCAAAUUUAAAAAAAGAUAUUUAGUUAGAUGUUAUAGAGAUUUUUUAAUAGUAAUUUAUAGUACAUGUAUAUUUGCUUUAAGAUUCCUAUCCAUUUACAUCGCAAAUUUUUUAAAAUUUGAAUUGAAUUAUUCGAUAAAAUUUCAACCAUUUUAUUUUAUGAUAGAUUUUUUAAUGUUUGCCAUAUUUGGUUCACUUAGACAAUCUUGAUACUUCAGUAUUAAAUGUAUCGAUGCUGAAUGACUAGCUUAUGUUUUUGUUAAAAUUUGCUUUAAUGUUCAACUUAUUUACCAAAUAUACCACAUUUUAGAUUUAAAAGUACAUUUAUUUCAACAAAAAUACUUUCAUUUUGCUUUGUUUCAUUGAAUACUUCUCACGAAGAAAAAGCAAUUUGCAAGGGAUCUAUUGCUUUUGGAAAUGUUAUUUAAAUUGUCAACAAGACGCGAGAGCGUUCAUAUACAUGUACUGUGAUUUUAGACUUGGAACAUUGUCUGUUAAUAGAUUUGUAAGUAUUAUGAUAUAAAAUUCUUGACACUGGAUCACUCUGUUUCGUUAGUUUAAGUGAUUACCGCGGGUUCGUACAUCUUUAAAUUGAUUAACAAGGUUACAAUUAAAUCUCAUAUUUCUUGUUCUCUUUUUGAAAUCCAAAAUUUCACCAUCUUGACGUUGAAGAUAUUUUUUUCAUUCAUUGUGAUAUCAAAAAUUUUAAAAGUCUUUGUCAUUUCUUUUUAUCAUUUCAUGACAUCAAAACAGUUUAUGUCCUUUAUAUACUGAAGGACGUGGUCAACAUGUGAUAUCACAUUAUCCUCUAUUGGUGAUAUGUGUGGUAUUUCACAAGAAAAAUAUUUUUAGUUUUUUCUGUUUUCAUGUGUUUUUACAUUCAAGCACUUCCAGAGUUUUGAAUGAGAAUAUUGAUAGACAUUUCAAUCUCUUGUCCUUGAUUAUCUUUUUAAAGAUCGAGAUACAAAUGAAGUAGAUAUUUAAAAAAGAAAAAUUGAUUUAUAAAUCUACAUGUGUAAAUGUAGUAGUUAGGCCACAAAAGUUAUAAGUUUUUGUGUAGUGUAUUAGAUUACAAGUAUAUGUGUAGUGGUACUGCCACCCAGAUCUUGAGUAUAUGUGUAGUAGUACUGCCACCCAGAUCUUGAGUAUAUGUGUAGUAGUACUGCCAACCAGAUCUUGAGUAUAU